AUGGAUUCCGUGGUGCAGGCCGAUCUGGAGCACCAGAAAAAUUUCAAGCAGUCACAGCUUGAGGUGUUGCCCGCCGCUGUGGUGUUGACGUUUUUGGUUAGCGGGGGGUAUGUCAGCGUGGGCUUUUUCCUUUACUUCAAGAACUACCUGUUUGAAGCGAUGUUUGCGGCCUUCUGGAGCGUCGUGUUUAUCACCUACCACGUCCACGAAGUCAAUGCCAAGGUGUCGGCGCCGUACACAGAGUAAAAGGAAGUUGUUUAAAUUGUUUUGCCGACUUCUUUGUUGUGAAUGUAUGACUCAGCAAUCAAAUGCUAUGUAGAAGCGCUGCGAAUUAUGAUACUUGGGUGAAGUACACGACCAAUUUUUCCACGUUGAAAAACACAUACAUUCCAGCCUCUACGCUCCCGGCAAGCAUUUCAACUUGGAUGUGCAGUCGUGGCAGAAAUUGGAAACGACGUUUUCCGUGUUUGGCCUCCUCCUGGUGAUCAACCACUCUAUGUGCAACGUCUACCCGUUCUCCGACGAAGUUUUUCAAGCCCUUUCCUUCAUACUCCUCCUCUACGUCUUCGAAGUCGAAACCUCGACGAAGUACGAUAAUGCCAUCUUCAUUCCUGUGAUCAUCGGCCUCUUCAUCUUCCUCGUGAAAUUGCUGCUCUUGUGCCGUUCCGAGGAGGAAGAUGAUUUGGAAAGGAAGCAGAUGGGCUGCGCGUUUGCCAUCUGGAUUUUGUGCAUCAUUUACUACGGGACCACGAGAAUCUUGAUGUCCUUUCACGACAGCGAGGAGGAGCGGAACAAAAACGUGGUGUUGCAGCCCGAGCGACAUUUCUUGGCCUUGCUCAUCUGCGUCGCGAUCCUGGUGUCUGUGCAGUCGGUGGAGAAGACGAAGAAGCGGUUUGAGAAACAAAGGAUCAACCGUUCCAGGCGACAUGGGAACAAUCCCUGGGGCGGCCCGCGGGGGCGGAGAUCCCGGAAUCUGGCUCUCGGCGCGGAAGAAGGUACCAGUCUGCAGUCCUGGGUGGAAGAUAGCUCUAAUGCGCCCGGUGGCAGCGGUCCGGACGAGCCGUACGAAACGGAUGUGCAGAGAAAACUGGACAUGUUCGCCAGCACGCCCAUCGGGAUGCAGCGGAUCUCCCCGGGAGCGGACGAGGAGGAAGAGAUUCACGCGGCGGAGAACGAAGACGAGGGCGAGGAAGUGAUGGAUCCCGAUGCGCAGAUAGGGAACUCAGGUACUGGUACUGGAUGAACUGGUGUUUUUCGUUACUUAGAACAAGUGCGACAGGGUUUUUUUCUCAAGCAAAUCGUUGUAGCUGUUGAAGGUUUCAAUUUCAUAGUGGAAAGCUUGUGAAGAGACAAACACUCGAAAACAGGCUUUGAUCCCUUCGCACUCCCUGCAAGUGGUCCACCAAGACCGGAGCUCUCUGCCCCACCGGCGAUACAAACGAGCGCCGCGUUGGUCCCGUCCCUGGCUGCACCUGCGCCGGUCGUGGAUCUCCUGGAGGUAAAAUCCGCGUCGGAUGAGGAGGAGGAGACCAUAUCACUAGCUCCGCCAUCAGUCGCUGCAGAUCGCCUCGACGACGUGGCGGCAAACGCAAGCGCGCUGCCUGGGAUCGUCGGGCAGCCGCAGCGCAUGGAAAGCAAAUCGAAGGAGUCCAGUCUGAAUGAAGAUGCGUAUGGCACGUCAACCAGACAGGACUGAUGUCAGUGCCUUACAUGCUCUCUAUGUCAAUACAUCGGAGAGCUUUUGGUCAUGAUAGAUUGGUCUAGAGGCGGACACAGGACUUUAAGGGUCACUAGGAUCGCAAGACUAGGAUCCACACACUAAUACCAUGAAAAUGGACGGAACACAUAAGGCACGUACACAGGAGAUACGGAAUGGCCUUCCAUAUAGGGGGUCAGUAGUAUGAUGAGUUAGAUCCAUACCUUCUUAAUAGCGCCAAAAAAGUAUCUAGAUAGAUAAGCGCUGUUUUCUCUCCUAGGCGGGCAUGUAAUAAAAUAAAUCGCUCACACGACAGAGACAGUCCUGGACGUUGACACGUCCAGAAUGCACCUCCAGAGGUCCCAGUGCUUCCGCCGCCAGCACUGCCGGCUUCGAGUAGUAAAGCCUCGUCGCCCCAGUCAAGUCCGGGAGAUGCUGCUUCAGAAGUUCCUCCGGCGCCUUUGGCGCUAGGGAGCCCGAACCCUCCCCGACCUGGUAGCCCCAAGGAGAAGAAGCACAAGAAGUCUCACAAAGGCAAGACGUCGCCAGAGUUAGAGCAGGACGAGCCGAAAGCUGCUGCUGAAGCAGACGACUUGAAAAAGGGGCUGACGCGCGAGGGCCGAGCGGUGUACGCAGCGCUGGAGCAGGCCGCCGCGAUACCUGCACAGCUGCCGGAUGCCGAGGCGAAAAAGGAGGACGUUGGAGAGACAAAAGCCAAACCAAAAGCGAAGCAGGGCCUUAAUGUGUUUGAUGUCCUCCCUCCUGAUAGAAAUCAUGACCAGGCUACAUAGGAAACGCAAUCUGACGUGUCCUCUGCAGAAGAGGACCGGAAGGUGAUACACUUUGACUUUUUCUCUCAGAAAACGCGACGCAAUAAAA